AUGGCAUUUAGACUUUUGCGAGUUAAAGUAUAUGAAGUUUCCUCAGAAGAACUUGCACCAUAUGAUAAUAAAGACGGUGUUAGCCAGGAAAAAGUUGAUGUGGCGAUGGUUAUCGAGCUUUAUAGAGCAGCGCAUGAGAGAAUAUACGAAGAAGAGACCGGUCUUGAGAAUAUACUUGCUUGGACUAUCACUUUUCUCAACCACCUGUUGCAUAGUAACUCCAUUCCUGACAAGAAAUUGCACAAAUUAGUGGAAUUCUACAUGAAUAACUACCAUGGCAUACCCAUAAGGUUGGGAGUUAGACGAAACCUCGACUUAUAUGACAUGAGCCAUUACCAAGCUCUGAGAGUUAAAAAUAGAUUCUCUAAUAUAUGCAAUGGAGAUUUGAUAGCAUUGGCGAUGCAAGAUUUCACUAUUUGCCAAGCUCAGUACCACAAAGAACUUCAACAACUGCAAAGGUGGUAUGCAGAUUGUAGACUGGACACUUUGAAGUUUGGAAGACAAGUGGUAUUCAUUUCUUAUUUUCUGGCUUCAUUAAUAGUCAUCUAUGAUUGUGCGACGUCUGCUCAUGCUCGUCUAGCCUUUACCAAAACAACUCUGCUUGUAACCCUUAUCGAUGAUUUUUUCGACUAUGGUGGUUCAAGAAAAGAGUGCUACAACAUUCUUGAAUUAGUCAAUGAGUAA